CAGCUCUAUCAUUUGCCACUAUCAGAAACGGGAAUAAUGAUAGCACUCGAAGAGAAUCGGCGUUUAAAGUGUCUAUGCACUCGCAAAAAACGAUGAAAAUCCGCGUGUAACGGGAAAGAACGAUGAUAGUCCAGUUCCUUCGAAGAGCAUCGGUUGAAAUUAUUACGAUGCUCUUCGGCCUCCGACGCAGUUUGCAAUCAUCCGUGAAUUAAAACGUUUUCAUACGUUUACUAAGUAUUUUUCGUCAUAUUGGUGCAACAUGGAGGGAAAAACAAGAAAACGUAAAAGCUUCGGGAGAAUAACGGACGUUGCAAAGAAACUUAUAGUUCAAAGCCAUGAAAUUGGUGUAGAUUGUCAAUGUAAACGAUUUAAGUGCUUCUCGAAAAUCAGGAAAACAGAAAGAAGGAAAAUACUUGGAUAUUUCAAUCAACUGGAGACCUUGGAUGAACAGAAUUCUUACCUUGCUGGCCUUAUAACUGUUAUGUCUGUGAACAGGCGAAGGCCUAGAUGUGCAGAGAGUAAAGUUUCAAGAUUUAACGAUGCUUCAUAUGCCUAUAGAGUGCGAUCCAACGUAGAGGAUGAGAACGAGAAUAUCGUGAAUACGCAAGUAUGUUAUGAAGCUUUUUUAUCUCAGCAUGGAAUAACGCCACGUAGAAUACAAAGUAUACAAACAAGUGUGAAAGAAUUCGGAAGUGCCAAGAAAUAUGGCAGAGACAGGCACAAAAAUAAACCACACAAGCUCACAAAUGAAACAGUCAAUAAAGUUUGUCAACACAUUUCAUCAUUCCGUGAUAUAUCAAGCCAUUAUAGUUUGGAAAAGUCUUUUAGAACAUACCUUUCCGAAAAACUAAACGUGACAAAAAUGUACGAUUUAUUCAAGAUUAAGUUUCCGCAGGUGAAAAUAUCGUAUAACAGGUACAGAGAAAUUUUCAAUGACAAAUUCAAUAUUGGUUUUGGCUAUCCAAGAUCGGACACCUGCUCCAAAUGUGACGAAACUGCUGUUGUCCUGGAAACCUUGGAGUCUACAGAAGCUAAAGCACAAGAAUAUGAAAAACCAAAACUCUUAACAGAAAUAGAAAAGCUUGAGACAGAAAAGAAAGUAUAUCUAUCAGGAGCUAAUGCAUUUAACGAUAGAAAACGUGCUUUUAAAAGAUAAGCCAUGCUUUACGACAACGUAGAAGCCAUUUGUAUUGAUUACUCCAAAAAUCUGCCUAUUCCAAAUAUUUCAACGAAUGACGUUUAUUAUAGACGACAGCUGUCAUUAUAUUUGUUCAAUGUUCAUGACUUUUCAAACCAAUAGAGUGUGGUAGAGUCUCUGCCUGCGGAUCCAAGGGUUCCAGGUUCGAAUCCCACCGUUGACCAGGAUUUUUUUUAUUUAUUAUAAUUAUUUAAAAUUAAUUCUGAU